ACUAUUAUUUUGUUUUGAACAUCAAAAGAAUCUGCAACAAAGUAAACAAAUCAAACACAUGCCAAAAAAAAUCCUUUGAGGGACACACGAUUCAAAUAAAAAACCAAACAAGUUAUGUUAUGUUAUCCUUUUAUUAAUUAUUAUUUUUUUAAUGCAAAAAACAAGAAACUUUUAAUGGUUUCUUGCAAAGGAAGAAAGGAGAUAUAGUUUGAUUUGUGUUCAUUGAAAGAACACCAAGAGUUUUGGUAGAAAGAGAGGAAUGUGGUUGCCAAAGAAUUCAGAGAAGAAGGAUGGUGUAAAUGGAUUAGUAGCAGUGGCAAUAGACAAAGAAAAGGGGAGCCAAAAUGCACUCAAAUGGGCUGUUGAUAAUCUCCUCUCAAGAAGUUCAACUGUAAUUCUCAUCCAUGUCAAGAUUUCGACACCUUCUCUUUCUUUAUCACCUUCUAUUUUCGCCCUAAAGGCAGCAGGGAUAACUUCUAAUGGUCAUGACAGUUCACAUCCAGAUGCUCAAAAAAACAUUUUCCUCCCAUAUCGCGUCUUCUGUACGCGCAAAGAUAUACAAUGCAAGGAUGUACUACUAGAAGAUACAGAUGUAUCCAGAGCAUUGAUUGACUAUGCUUCUCAGGCAGGAAUUGAGCAUCUGAUUCUUGGCUCUUCAGCAAAAACUAGUUUGCUCAAAAGAUUCAAGGUAUCAGAUAUUCCUGGAGCAGUGUCAAAAGGCGCACCGGAUUUCUGUACAGUCUAUAUCAUUGGCAAAGGAAAGAUUCAAUCAAUGCGAUCUGCAUCUCGUCCUGCUCCAGCCAUUUCUCCUCUACAAGUCACUCAAACUACUAUCAAACCAGACCAAUCAAAUGUGGCAUUGGAACAAAGUGUAAAAGAACAUGAAAGGAAUUCUUUUGAAGUUGGGCCACGUCAUUCGUAUGAUGAACUAGAUUUUUUCAGAUCACCACUCACUAGGAAAGGUUACAAUACAAAACAAUAUUUAGAAAAUAAGGCAGAUGGUGAUAUAUCAUUUGUAAGUACCGGAAGGCAUAGUAACGAACGAAUGUUGCCUCCAUUGUAUAACAACUCAGAGACGGGCCCUAGGAUAUCAUCUAGCUCAGAUCCAGAAGAAAGCAGCAGCUUUGAAUCUAUCUUUCAAGGAAGGAAGUCUAUGGAUGCCUGCCUUGCUCCUGAAUUUACAUCCCUCUCAUUCGAUAGCGAAAGGCUUUCCUCUUCUACAUCACAAGCUGUGGAUGAUAUGGAGGCUGAAAUGAGAAGAUUAAAGUUGGAGCUCAAGCAAACACUGGAAAUGUACAACACAGCCUGUAAAGAAGCACUCACAGCACAACAGAAGGCAAUAGAACUUCAAAAAUGGAAAUUGGAAGAAGAAAAGAGAUUAGAAGAAGCAAGGAUAGCCGAGGAAGCUGCAUUGGCAAUUGCAGAAAAGGAGAAAGAAAAAUCUAAAGCAGCCAUUGAGACUGCUGAAGCACAAAAGAGAAUUGCAGAAUUGGAAGCACAGAAGAGACUUCAAGCAGAAAUGAAAGCACUUAAAGAAGCAGAAGAAAAAAGGAAAGUAAUGGAUGCGUUGGUAAAUGUAGAUGUCAGGUAUAGAAAGUAUACAAUUGAGGAGAUUGAAGCUGCAACAGAAUUUUUUUCGAAGUCUCUCAAGAUUGGAGAAGGAGGAUAUGGUCCAGUUUUUAGGUGUCUUCUGGACCAUACACCUGUUGCAGUUAAGGUUCUUCGUCCUGAUGCAGCACAAGGAAGGUCACAGUUUCAAAGAGAGGUUGAGGUACUGAGCUGCAUACGACAUCCAAACAUGGUUCUCCUCUUAGGAGCCUGUCCUGAAUACGGAUGCCUAGUGUAUGAGUACAUGUCAAAUGGAAGCUUGGACGAUUGCCUAUUUAGUCGAGGAAACAGUCCUCCACUUUCUUGGCAGUUAAGAUUCAAAAUUGCAGCCGAAAUUGGCACUGGCUUGUUGUUCCUUCACCAAGCAAAACCAGAACCUAUAGUACACAGAGACUUAAAACCAGGAAACAUCUUACUAGACAGAAACUACGUAGCCAAAAUCAGUGAUGUAGGUUUGGCAAGACUAGUUCCACCGAAUGUAGCUGACUGCGUGACGCAAUACCGCCUAACAGAAACAGCGGGAACUUUCUGUUAUAUUGAUCCCGAGUAUCAACAAACAGGAAUGUUAGGUGUGAAAUCAGAUAUAUAUUCUCUUGGGAUCAUUUACCUUCAAAUUUUGACAGCAAAACCACCAACGGGUUUGGCACAUACUGCUCAACAAGCCAUUGAGAAAGGAACUUUUCCUGAGAUGCUGGAUCCUUUAGUGACUGAUUGGCCAAUGGAGGAUGUUAUGAGUUUAGCAAAGAUUGCGGUUCAGUGUGCCGAGUUAAGGCGGAAAGAUAGACCUGAUCUUGGUAAUGUUGUACUACCAGAACUUGACAGAUUGAAAGAACUUGCUGAAAAUAGUGACCAAAAUUCACCAAAUGAUAGUAGUAGCCCUAUAAAUAUGUCCCAUGAGAGACAUGUUUCAUUGCAGCUGGAUGAAAGCUGUAGAAUCACAACAGUUGGUGUCUGACACCUUAAAACAAAAUCACAUUGACAAAAUUUGUUCAAUGGAUUGAUCUAUAGAGUUAAAAUGUAAAUUACUUAGGUGUAUUUAUGUUGUAGAAUGUUUGAUUCUUUCUUGUUUUUUACUUAUGUUAAUAUAUAUAGUCUGCAUCAAAAGCUUAGCCUUUUUGAAGGUAGAAUUUCAGAAUUCAAAUUCAGUGUCACAAUGCAUUUCAGUAGUUUGAGUUAAAAAACAAUGUAAUUUGGAAAGAAAGUGCUAUACAUGUAUAUAUUUUUACAGUACACUUAUACACAUAUAUAGUCAAACCAUUUCUUUUUACAAUAAGAGAAGUUAAUCUAUACUUUUUGACAGAUAAAA